CUCGUCGACGACCUCAAUGAACUCCUUGAAAGACUUAGCAUUCCGCUCCCCUUCGUGCUCGAAACCCCAUCGGACCUCACACCAGGCCUUCUUCUGGGCAUACUGGAGUCCAUUAUGCAAACACGUCUACCAAUAUCUUCCGCUGUUCGUGCAUCACAUGACUUCACGAACAAGGUCCAGGCAAUGAAGAUCUUCCUCGGAGUACUAGAGAAUGACGUCUUGAGCGGGGAGGACGUAGGACUGAGCGAGCUCGAUCCACGACGGGUAGCCAGCGGAGAGGAAGAAGAGGUCGAGUUUGUCGGAGAGCUGUUGUGCUGGCUGGGCAGACGGAAAGGUAUCCUUGCGGGACCAUCGAAGGCCGAAGACGAUCCACCUCCAUCACUGCCGCCACACGCAUGUCGGCGCGCGACAUCUCCGUCCACGCACUCCACUGUGACCAGUUGUGUGCACUCCAAUCUAUGUAUGGUGCAUACCGGCAUCGCAGACUCCGACACGACCAUGUCGUCCGUCGCGUCUGAGCAGCUUACGUCCAUCACCCACACCCUUCCGGAGCUGCCAUCUCUCCCGUCCGUCCCUCCGUCCCUACUUUGCCACAGCACAGCUUCGGCGAGCUCUGGAAGGCGUCAACCUCGAUGUAUUCACGAAAUUGAGGAGCCUUCUUUCCUCUUCGAUGGCGAGACGGAUGUAUCCGCCGCGACAUCCAUGUGUCAUUGCGCUACCGUGGAUGCGGACAAAGCAGAGGACGAUCUCCUUUCUGCCCCGAGGACGCCGGUUCCAUUCCGCUACGAUGGUUGGAUAGACAGAGCAAACGAGAACUCAGAGCUUCACCAAACCACGCCACACCUCCGCUCGGCAAGCGGUGCGCGGCGGAUUAUCACCCCACACAACGCGCCGACGACCGAGUACACUCUCGCACUGUUGAACGAACGGGCGAGGUUGUUGGACGAGCUGGCGAAA